CCCACGAAAAAAAAUUUUUUAAAAGUUUGCGUUCCAACGCGUUUAUUUUUAUGUUCACAUGUUUUCGCUAGAAGUUAAACGCUGGUUUUAAAACGCGUUCAAACGCCUCAUUUUAUCUGUAAAAACGGCUACAUAUCAACUAAAACGCGUUGCUAAAAACGCAUUCCAAUGCUUCUUUUUUCGAAUAAAACAGUAACAACCAGCUUCGAAACGCAUCGUAAUGGACGCGUCUUAUCCAUAUAAAACACUACUCCUUUCUAUGUUAACGCGUUUAAACGGUGUAGUUUUUUCCUUCCUCGCAGCAUCAGUUUUUUUACAUAUUUUAUCCUAAAUAUGUAUUUCAUUCAUUCGCAUCACUCUACUUAACAUUUCUCGAUAACUUCAUUCUCCAGAUAUAUGAAAUUUUUCUAAAAUAUCACCGUUAUGGUGCAAGAAGUCGAAAUAUUUAACAUACUCUAAUACCUUCUUCUGUCGAAAAAAUGCUAACCACAAGUAAGAAAUGAAUCCUGCAUUAUCAACACCUUCAACAACUUAACGCAAGAUUUCAUUAUAAAACUAAAUAGGAAGAGAUAUUACAGUAUGUUAAGUAUUUCGACUUCUUGUACAAUAACGGCGACGCUUAUUUAGGAAAAAUUUCGUAAAUGUGGAGAACGAAGUUGUGGAGAAAUGCCAAGUAGAGUGAUGCGAAUGAAUGAGAUACAUAUUUAUGGUAAAAUAUGCAAAACAACUGACACUGGGAAGAAGAAAGGAAAAGGAUAACUUUUGGUAACUUCUCAAGAACUAGGUACAAACGGGCUACACCUAUAUCUGUAUCACUACUACAAAAAAGGGAAGGGGUAAACUCAAAGUAAAACGAACGCAAGACCGCGUGGAUAAUAGUAUGGACAAAACAGAUAAAGAGGCGAGGUAAUAAAAGUUGGAGAAAAACAGAGGAAAGAAUGAUUGGAAAAUAGCGAGAAUAAAACAGACAAAAGGGUGAAGGAAUAAUAAUCAGAGUCAAACAAAAGGAAAGGUCAUUUGAUAGUAGAAAGGAUGAACGCGAAAGAGCGAAAGAUAAUAGUUAAGGUAAAACAAAUGAAACGAUGAGAGAAUAUUAGUCAGAGUAUAAGAGAAGAAGAAUAUAUCAGGAUUAGGACAUCAAGAGGUUUGGUACGAUAAAAAAGGAUUACGGAAAAAAUUAUUCUGCGCAAAUUCAAUUCGAUCUCAAAGAAUAAAUAACUUGGUAAUUUAAUAAUUAACAUUUAAAACUAACAUAACAUUUCCAUGGCAUAAUUUUUUUACAAGAAAAUCUCUUUUUUUUUUCUAUGUAUAAACUCAAAAUUAUUUUAGUGAUACUGAAUCAGCUCUGAGAAAUACAUUUAAUCAAGCAGAAUGGUGGCACCAUCUAUACAAAAAUUAUGUGUUUUUUUAAUGAAUAAGUGAAACUACUCAAAAAACUCCUUCUAAGAUAUUUAUUAAUAGAAUAAAAAAUUAUAAAAGAAAUCAUACAGUAGAAUUACUUGGUAUAUUAAAAUACGAUACGUUAACUAAAUCUACUGUACGUAUACUAAACGGGUUAUUGUUAUUCGUUUCACAAAGAACAAUACAUCCAACAUUCAUGGACGGACUAUACAAGAAGACAGUAUUGAAAAGAAAAAGAAACAACUGUAUUGUAUUAAAGUAGACUGAAAAGGCGAUAGAUAUAUAGGCACUAUCACUUUAUUCUUUUUCGAUUUAACCACUGUUAUACGAAAAGAAUGUAGAGUUAAUCUAUUAUACUGAAGUAAAAGCCAUCUUGUUUAAGAUGUAGAAAGGUUCAAUGAUAUAUAUAUAUAUUCGCUUUGUAAAAACGUCUAUCAGGGUCAUGACCGGAAUAUUGUAUAUGGUCUUUCGUACGUCACCCUGGAAGCUCCGUAUCUAUAGGAAUAUUCUGUCUAAUCUUCAUCUGUUGUUCUAAUUAUAAUAAAACUUUCCUGCUUUUCAUUUCUAGGUUGAGCGUCAAGGGACAAUGUAUCGUGGAAAAAAGACAGUACGACGUGGUGGUGGUAAUUCUCAACUACGAGGUCAAAAUACAACAAAAACUAGACCAAUGACUCGACAACAAAAUACGUUGUUAUGUGAAAAUGAUCAAACUAAAGAAAAUGAUGAAAAAUUUGCAUUAGUUGAAUUCUUAUUGAAUAAGAAACUAUUGGUUGUCAAUCACAAUGAUUUAAUUAAUCUAAACAAACAAGGGAAAAUAAAAUUAGGUUCAAAUGUUUUAGUCAAAAUGAAUGAUGAAAAAUCAACUUCUGCAAUUUUGUUUUGUGUUGGUUCACAACAAGAAUGUUUGAACGAAUUAAAUAUUAUUAAAUGUCAACGUGAUAGCAAAAUGAAUUCUGAUUAUGAUGAUAGUCUUGAUGAUACUCCAUUAUUAACUACAACGAGAGUACCAGAACCAACACAAAAAGAAAUAGAUCAAAAUAAAAAAUCAAAUAUUCCUGAAGAAACAGAUUCUUGUAUUUCUUUUGAUAUUAAUUACGAUGAACCCAAUACUCAUUCAUCACUUCAUACAUUAUCACUAAAGAUCAAACCUUCUCUAACUCAUUUAAUGCCGAUGAACCAUCGUCAGGAUGUAACGGUAACUGCUUCUUCAUUAACAUCAUCAAUUGACAUUACUGCUGCAGCAUCUGAACCUACACCAUCAGCAAUAAACACAAAUUCUGUCACAACGACGUCGAGUAAAAAACAAAAUCGAAUGGAUACAUUAUCAGAUUUAACUGUUCAAUUAAAUGAAGUUACUGAAGAUCGUGAUAAAUGGAGAGAUAAAUAUUUAGCAUUGGAAAAACGAUAUUCGGAAUUGAGUGAUGUAUCGAUGCUGAUUCCAACAAAUGAUAGCGUUUGCGAGUGGAUAAGUACCAUGUAUGAUGCCAUUCAGCGACCAGUAAAUUCUGAUGUUAAUUAUGAUGACGAAGCGACAAAGCUAGGCAUUCCAUCAAAUUUAUUAAAAUAUUGUGUAAACCUAUCUAAACCACCAACAGUAACGGCUCGAAAACUAUUCCAGCAAAUAUGUCUUGAUGAACUAACUAAAGGUCUUCCAUGGUCGAAAAUUCCGGACAACAAAAUAGAAGCUCUACAUGCUUUCGGUGAGAAAUUAUUUGGACAUCUUAAAUGGGAUAGAAAAACUAUCAAAACUAGUUUACAAAAUUUAAUUCGUGGUGAACGUGCAAAUUUAAAACGUGAUCAGAAAAACGGUUGUCCAAAUGAACAAACUCUUGAUCAUAAUGGUUUGAUUGUAGCUGAAUCUGUUCCUGAACAUACUGAAAGUCAGCAUAAUUCUGUAGAUGAUGUUGAUAAUUUAAAUCAAUCGGAAUUUGAAGAUCGUGAUCAUAUGAACGAAGAGGAUUUGUACAAGACUAAUGAUACAGAUCAAUGUUCUCUUUUAUUCAAUCAUGAUAAUACAUUCUAUGAUACUUUAAUCAACGAAACAUGUUAUGAUUUAGAAAAAAAUACAUUAGAUUCAGAUGAAGAAACUGAAUUGGUGACAGACACUUUAGGUUCAACAGAUGAUGAAGAAAGUUUCGAUGAAAAUGAAACUGAUGUGGUGGUUGAAGAAGAUGGAAAUGAUAAUGAACAAAAAAAUGAGAUGUUCAAUGACCAAUUUCAGCGAGAUUAUGAUGAGACAGAUAUAUCUGUUUGUUUAUUAACUUUAAAAACGAAGCAUAAUUUAACAUUUGAAUGUUUAAAUGAUAUUCGAAAAUUGCUAAUUGUAUUAAAAGUACAAAAUGUACCGUCAUCCAUCUAUCAUAUUCGUAAAUUAAUUAAUACAAAAAGUAGAUCAACACCAUGUACAUUAUCUUCGACAGAAACGUCAUCAAUGAUCAUCUGUCAAAAAUGUGAACGUGUUUCAUUUUCAACAACAAGCUGUUCACAUAUUGAUUGUGAGAAUCACGAGAAAUAUACAACUAAUCCUUAUAAUUAUAUUUAUUUUGAUAUUCGUGAUCAAUUACAACAAAUAUUUCGUCGAGAACAACAUAUCAAUUGUUUUACACCAGAAAACAAACCUUUUAUCAAUACUUCUAUGCAUGAUAUAUACGAUGGUAAAAUUUAUCGCUCAUUGUUUAGUCAAGUCGAAACAAAUAAAACUAAUUAUAUAAUGACUUUAAUGAUGAACGUUGACGGUGUUGCCGUCGGUAAUAAUACUGAACAAUCACUAUGGAUAAUUACCUGCGUAAUAAACGAAAUAAAAAGAAAACAAAGAUUUAAAAUUCAGAACGUUGUUGUUGGUGGUAUUUGUUCUUGCUAUAAAAAACCCAGUCGCGCAAUCAUGCAGAUUUUACUGGAACCAAUUGUUAAUCAAUUAUUAUUACUUGAAGAACAACAUUUAUUUCAAAUCAAAGGAACCAAGAAUGAAUAUAAAUUGAUCCGUAUGUAUUUAAUUGGAGCGUGCAACGAUAAACCUGCCAAUAGUUUAGUUCAAAAUGCACCGGAACCCAUUGCUAAAUAUGGCUGCUCUCGGUGUGAAUUACGGGGCGAAACGGUGUUGUCAAAUUCAAAUGACCAGAUAGCACAGAAUAAAUCAUCGUCAACAGAAAAAAAAUCAAGAAAAGAUACACAUAAAAUUCGUGUUUUUCCGACGAAUGAAGACAAUCAAACUCAGUUACGUUCAACAGCACGAUGUCAAUUAAUCCUCAAUAAAUUUUCAAAACUAACACAUAAUAAACAAUGUUUGAAUAAUGAAAAAGAAUCAAAUUUACGAUUAGGCUAUUUUGGGAAAUGCAGCCGUAUUGCAUCAACAGUUAAUGGAACAAAAAAUCUACCACGUGAAAUUGAAAAUAAUUUACAAUUAAUUAAAAAUUCGUCACUUUUACUUGAUAUGUACUGUAUUUCAUCACCAUUAUAUCUAUUUAUAUCUGAUCUUCAAGAUUGCAAAUCAAAUCCACCAAUAGUAUCGAAUAAUUAUCAAGUACAAAAACCAACAUCAACCAUCCAUGAUAAUGACAAACAGGAGCUGUUGUUGAAAUUUGGUAAAGAAUUAUUGUUAUACAAUAAAUGUUUUAUAAAAGGUGUUACGUUUGCAACUUUACAUUAUUCAAAAUCGAAACAAUUUCAAGAUUGUGCCAUUCUAUACAGGCACGAAAAUGAACAUUAUUUCGGCAUUAUUAAUAAGAUUAUACUUAUACAAACAUCAAAUAAUUUAUUAUUUCAAGUUCUUCCUUUGUGUAACAAUAAAAAAGAUCAAGUAUUGUUAAGUUUCAACACACAAAAAAUAUUGUGCGAUAAUGUUGAAUAUGGAACAAUCAAUUUUGAUCAUCACAUCCAUAUUAAUGCAAACGAUGUUAUUGAAAAAGUAUCUUACUAUCAAUUUAAAAAACAAUUUAUUUUUAUUCGUUAUCCAACAUUGACUGAGUCUAGUUAA